CAGAGGCAGGCUGUGGAGGAAAGAGGUCCUCGUUUCUCCCCCACACUGGAAACUCCAGCCUCCGCUAACAAAAAGGAAAACCCUUAACGUUUAACACCACUGGAUGCGCGUGUCCUUUCGAUUUCGGUUUUCCUCAGCCUCACUCAUAACGUCUUGGCUCUAACAUCCGCUUGAUUUUCAGCUGCUAAAAAGAACAGCCGGUACCAGAGGACCCAGGAGCCGGAGAAGCACGCGAGGGCAGAGCGAGGACAGCUGAGAGAACUUGUCUUCUUCCUGCAGCUCCCACGCCACGUUGGCAGGUUGCCAUGGCAUCUGGACCCAACAUGAGAGCCCCUAUUUGUCUGGUAGAAAACAUCAAUGAGCAGCUAUCAGUGAAUCAGGAAGCUCUACAGAUUCUUGAGCAGAUUUCUCAGCCAGUGGUGGUCGUGGCCAUUGUGGGACUGUAUCGCACAGGCAAAUCCUACUUGAUGAACUGUCUUGCAGGACAGAACCAUGGUUUCCCUCUAGGCUCCACCGUGCAGUCGGAAACCAAGGGCAUCUGGAUGUGGUGUGUGCCCCACCCCUCCAAGCCUAACCACACUCUGGUCCUUCUGGAUACCGAGGGCCUGGGUGAUGUAGAAAAGGGUGACCCUAAGAAUGACUCGUGGAUCUUUGCCCUGGCUGUGCUUUUGAGCAGUAUGUUGAUCUAUAACAGUAUGGGCACCAUCACCAACCAGGCCCUAGAGCAGCUGCAUUAUGUGACAGAGCUGACAGAACUCAUCAGGGCAAAGUCCUCCCCUACACCGGAUGGAGGAGAUGAUUCCAUGGAGUUUGUGAGUUUCUUUCCAGACUUUGUUUGGACCGUACGGGAUUUCACCCUGGAGCUGAAGUUAAAGGGUCAUCCCAUAACAGAAGAUGAGUACCUGGAGAAUGCCUUGAAGCUGAUUCCAGGAGGAAAUCCCAAAGUCCAAAUAGCCAAUCUUCCCAGAGAGUGCAUCCGGCAUUUCUUCCUAAAACGGAAGUGUUUUGUCUUUGAUCAGCCAACAAAGGACAAAGACCUUCUAGCCAAUAUUGAGAAUGUUCCAGAAAGUGAACUAGAUCCUAAAUUCCAGGAACAAACAAAGAAUUUCUGCUCUUACAUCUAUACCCAGUCAAGAACCAAAACCCUCAGAGAGGGAAUCAUGGUCACUGGGAAACGGCUGCAGACUCUGGUGGUAACUUAUGUGGACACCAUCAACAGUGGAGUGGUGCCUUGUUUGGAGAAUGCAGUGACAAUUCUGGCCCAGAUUGAGAACUCAGCGGCCAUGCAGAAGGCAGCUGACCACUACAGCGAGCAGAUGGUGCAGCAAGUGAGGUUCCCCACAGACACGCUCCAGGAGCUGCUGGAUCUGCACACAGCCUGUGAGAGGGAAGCCAUUGCAAUCUUCAUGGAGAAGUCCUUCAAGGAUGAAAAGCAGGAGUUCCAGAAGAAGCUUGUGAAAAUCAUAAAGGAUAAGAAGGACAACUUCAUGCUGCAGAAUGAAGAGGAAUCUGUUAAGUACUGCCAGGCUAAACUUGAUCAACUUUCAGCAGCCCUCAUGGAAAGUAUUUCAGCAGGAACUUUCUCUGUUCCUGGGGGUCACAAGCUCUACUUGGAAACAAAGGAAAGGAUUAAAGGGGACUAUUGCAAUGUGCCCAGGAAAGGAGUGAAGGCAAACGAGGUCCUCCAGAGCUUCCUGCAGUCACAAAUGACCAUAGAGAAAUCCAUUCUGCAGGCAGACGAAGCACUCACAGAUGGGGAGAAGGCCAUGGCAGAGGAGCGGGCCAGGAAGGAGGCUGCUGAGAAGGAGCAGGAGCUGAUGAAACAGAAACUGCAGGAGCAGGAGCAACACAGGGAGGCUGAGAGGAGGAGUCUCGAGGAAAACAUAUCCCAACUGAAGGAGAAGAUGGAGCAAGACAGAGAGAACAUAAUUAGAGAGCAGACUAUGAUGUUGGAGCAUAAACUGAAGGUACAAGAAGAUCUGCUUACUGAACAAUUUAGGAAGAAAUCUGAAGCUAUGAAUGCAGAGAUAAAUCAGUUGAGAAAUACGAUUGAAACUGGAAAUGACAGUCAUUUAAUUUCAGAAACCUUGAGUAUGAUUAUCAUGGAACUCAUUCCAAUAUUGUUUGCUAAACCUAUUGGUAAUAUUGUGACAAGAAUGAGCUCACUAUUUAAAAAGAUCUAGUUCUUCAUUUAAUGAAAUUAUAAAAUGUAGGUAUAUGCUCUGGCUUAUUUUUUUGUAUAUACACCUCUGAACUGAAAGGCAGAGACAGAUUAAAAUGACUUGGCUAAAGUUAUAGCCAGCAAGUGACAGGGGGGAGGAGCAGCAUUAACUAGAGACAACAUUUUACCCUGGGGAGGCAAAUAUAAAAAGCACCAGAGACAGUAGGUUUGUAGAACUAAAGAUGGUUCUCACUGGCUGGAACCUACAGAGCCGGCAGGAAGGAGCACUGAUUGUUUUUUCAUUCAUACAAAUUUUAAACAUAAAAAGUGCCUGUUAGAGAAUAUUAAUGCCUAGCCCACUUUAGGUGGACUAAGUGCAUGUGCAUUUUGAUAUAGCAUGUUUACUUUUGAGAAAUAUACAUGUGCAAAAUUAUAUGGGAAUAUAUAUAAAAUCUAUUGAGGCAUUGCUUUUAAUGGCCAGAUUUUUAAAACUACUUAAAUAUCCAUCUAUAAAAAUUAGUAGUAUAAAUUUAUCAUGCCUGGCUGGUAUAGCUCAGUGGAUUGAGUGUGGGCUGUGAGCAAAGGGUCACUGGUUCGAUUCCCAGUCAGCACAUGUGUCUGUGUUGCGGACCAGGUCCCCAGUAGGGGGUGGUGCGUGAGAGGCAACCACACACUGAUGUUCCUCUCCCUCUCCUCCUUCCCUUCCCCUCUGUCUAAAAUUAAAAUAAAUAAAAUCUUUAAUAAAUUUAUCAUGUACAUAUACUGGAAUAUUAUGUAGCCAGUAAAUAAGUUGAAAGUGUUACUCUAUUUGUACCAAUAUAGAACAAUCUUCAAAAUAUAUCACACAGAGAAAAAAAUGAAGUACAAACCAGCCUGUGUAAUGUGUUUACUAUAAAUAAGUGUAACUAUUGUGUGCAAACAUUCAUAAGUACACAUGAAUAUUUCUGCAAUGAUUCAUUAGAACUGAGUAACAUUGGUUUCUCUGGAGAGGAUUGAUGUGAUCAGGGGUGGAAAACAUACAUGCUUUUCAUGAUAAGCUGUAGAUUUUGAAUUUUAUAAAGAAAGCUUGUAUUAACAUUUUAAAUAAAGUUCAAAAUAAAGAAAGAAAAAUUAAAAUGGAAUACUAAUAUAGAUACUAAGAAGAGAAUGUGAAGUUGGCUAUCAGAUAAUGAAAGUGUUCAUUGCUUCUAGAAAUGACAUUAGUCUGCUCAAAGGUCAGAAUACUACAAAACAUAAAAUUUGAAUCCUCGUCUUGUUUUCGUUUUAGCCUUGGGUCUUGAUCCUUUAUAUUUGUUUCAAAACUAAGAUAUAAACUUUCAUGUUGCCCUUUGAA